UCAGCGGGAAGGGAGCGAGGACACACAGAGAGAGAGAAAGGGGCUCAUCCCGGGCCUGCGGACGGAGACAAGAACAAAAGAACAGGGAGUGCAGCUCGGCGGACAGGGUCUGUGUGAAUAAUAAGAGAUUGACUCCAUGAAAGAUGACAGAGGAGGUCAUUGUCAUUGCCAAGUGGGAUUAUACGGCACAACAGGAUCAAGAACUUGCUAUAAAAAAAAAUGAACGCCUGUGGCUACUUGAUGACUCCAAAACAUGGUGGAGAGUAAGGAAUGCUGCAAACAAAACUGGAUAUGUGCCAUCAAACUAUGUUGAACGAAAGAAUAGCUUAAAAAAAGGAUCCCUUGUUAAAAAUUUGAAGGAUACGUUGGGCCUAGGGAAAACAAAAAGAAAGACCAGCAACAGAGAUGCAUCACCCACCCCUAGCACUGAUGCAGAGUACCCAUCCAAUGGUAGUAAUGCUGACCGAAUCUAUGAUUUAAACAUUCCAGCAUAUGUAAAGUUUGCAUAUAUAGCAGAAAGAGAUGAUGAACUGUCUCUUGUGAAAGGAUCAAGGGUCAUCGUUAUGGAAAAAUGUAGUGAUGGUUGGUGGCGUGGGGCUUACAAUGGACAAGUUGGGUGGUUUCCUUCAAACUACGUAGUGGAGGAAGUUGAUGAAGCAACAGCAGACUCCCCUAGUUUUCUUAGUUUAAGGAAAGGGGCCUGUGUGAGCAAUGGUCAAAACACUAAAGUCCUCCAUAUUGUUCAGACACUAUACCCAUUCAGUUCUGUAACGGAAGAAGAGCUGAACUUUGAAAAAGGUGAAAUUAUGGAAGUCAUUGAGAAACCAGAAAAUGACCCUGAAUGGUGGAAAUGUAAAAACUCCAGUGGGCAAAUUGGUCUUGUUCCAAAAAACUAUGUUGUAAUUUUGAAUGAUGGUCCAUCCAUGAACACUCCACAUAUUAAUCAAAUAAGCUACACAGGGCCUUCUUGUAUAGGACGUUUUGCUGGUAAAGGAUGGUAUUAUGGGGGCAUUACCAGACAUCAAGCAGAAUGUGCUCUGAAUGAAAGAGGAAUGGAGGGAGACUUUCUUAUUAGAGACAGUGAGUCUUCGCCCAGUGACUUUUCCAUAUCAUUAAAAGCAUCAGGAAAGAAUAAACACUUUAAAGUGCAGCUGGUGGACAAUGUUUAUUGCAUUGGGCAACGACGAUUUAAGAGCAUGGAUGAACUAGUGGAACAUUACAAAAAAGCACCCAUCUUCACUAGUGAGCAUGGAGAUAAACUAUAUCUUGUAAAAGCACUGCAGUGACAUCAAAUCCAGUGAUUGCCUAAUUCCCAUUGGCCUCACAAACGUCAAGCCUUAGUUCCAAAAUAUUACUUCCAUGGAACAGAGCCAUUAUUACAUACAAAGGAAGCAAUCUUAAGAAUCAUGGCUCCUCUUAUACCACAGACACUCUCUGCAUAGUACUUUAUCUUUUUUAUUUGUGUUUGUUUUGUCUUUUCUGUUUGUAAGUCAUCUUGCCCUCAGGUUACAAACCUCACUUAAGUGACCAUUGUAAGCACUCACUGUCAUGCCUUGGUUUGAAGUCUCCUAUUCUGCAUAUGUUUACAGUACAUAGCUAGCAAGAGGAGUAGGAGUUAACUUGAAACAGUGUUAAUAUACUCCAACAUUUAAUAAUGUAAGAAUACUUUAUUGAAAUACUUUAGGGCACAGUUGAUAUGCACUGAAGCUGCAGCAAUUAAUAUUGUAGACAUGCUGUAUCAGUUGUGGCUGUGAAUUCUGUAGCCUUGUUGCUUACCAAGUAGUAUAUACAAAUGUCCAUUGUCACUAGAGCCACUAUUACACUGUACUGUAUUCUGCUACCACAUUACCUCUUUUGACUUCUCUGCAGAGUACACAAAGUAUUGUAGCAGUAAAUUAUAAACUACUUUGGUAAAAUUGAUUGUAGUACAUAGUGUAUUUGAUAUGUAAUUACAACAAAAAUAGUUCAUGAGCAAACAAUUAUUUGAUUCCAAGUUUUAAAUAAAAGUUAACCAAAUGUGCCAUCCACAUUUUUUUCUCUUGCCCUCCUGCUUGUUAUAAUGAAACAAUUAUGUAUUUAAUUAUGAAAGUAAUAUGUAUGUGUAGCAGAUUGUCAAUGCUAAUACAGAUAAAUAAUAAAACUGAUCUUUUUGAGA